AUGACCCCGGGAAAUCUCCUCUCUUUCCCUCAAGCCCAACAGGCGCAGAUCAUACGGUCCAACCAACGAGACCUAUUUCAAGUCUCUUCCUUGCGCGAACAGACAGAGAACGUCUUACGCUCUUGGCUAGGGACGAGAUGGUUGACGCGUUGGGAUAAAGAGAUUGACUUCGCGGCGAAUGUUCUGUAUUACGGCUUGACGGCUGGGCUUGGUUCCCAGACUCUGGGAGAGGAAUACACAGACAUCUGGCUCAAUUCCUCUCGCACCCAUAGGCGACCUUCGCCGCAUCUCAGAGCGACCCUCAUCCUUCUUCCUACUCUGCCUUCUUACCUAUUGUCAAGAUGGGGUUCUGCCAUAUCUCAAACAUCAAAGGCGGGCGCAUUGCUCCGACGGAUACCCACCGCCCUUGAAGUGCUCUCCGAGAUCAACUUGGCUAUAUUUUACUUGCGCGGCACGUACUACGGGGUUGUCCGAAGAGUCCUAGGGAUCAAAUAUAUUUCUGCCAUGCCGGAAAAUCCGAACGCGCGGCCCCCUUCAUACGCGCUCUUAGGCAUUUUACUGGGCGUUCGGCUGAUUCACCGAGCCCUCAACUAUCUUCGCGCACGCUCCGCUCUGUCAGACGCAGGCGUACCAGAGGACGAGAAGGGGAGACGCAACAUGGAUGGGGAAGACGACAUCUUCAUUGACGACCGGAGGGUCUCUACCAUGCUCGAAGCCGCAAGUCGAGACGAUGCCCCUUCCGUGCCCGCUGAAGAGGACGAAGAAACUGUCUUGGACGUCUCCAAGAUUCCUUCCGAGCUGCGUGCAGGCAGGAAUUGUACGUUAUGCUUGGAAGAGCGCACAAAUAGCUGCGCCACGGAAUGCGGACAUCUCUUUUGUUGGAACUGUAUAGUCGGUUGGGGUCGAGAAAAGGCCGAGUGUCCGCUGUGCCGUCAAUCUUUGGAUCUCACCUCACUGUUACCUGUAUAUAAUUUAUGACACUAUAAU